CUCCUCCGCCCAUCACCGCCACUACGGACGCCUUCGCCGCCUACUCCUCGCGCGGCCACGACUCCUCAAGCUCUGCUCCAGCUUACACCAGCCCAUCGGUUCGCUGCCUGCUCUUUAGGCUGCUGCAGUCUCUCUCUCUCUCUCUCUCUCUCUCUCUCUCUCUCUCUCUCUCUCUCUCUCUCUCUCUCUCUCUCUCUCUCUCUCUCUCUCUCUCUCUCUCUCUCAAGUUUUCUGUGGAGACAGAAUUAGAGCCACUGGAGGAAAACAUCUACUUCUGCUUGCUGUUCAGCUUCGCCAACAAGGAAGAUGAAGACAAAAUUGAACACCUGCAACAUAUGGUCUCUGCUGCUUGUUGUCCUAGUGUGGGACCCAGCCAGGUUGGUGCUGGCUAACAUCCAAGAAGAUGAGGCUAAAAAUAACAUCACCAUCUUUACAAGAAUUCUAGACAGACUUCUGGAUGGUUACGAUAAUCGCCUUAGACCAGGACUGGGAGACAGUAUUACUGAAGUCUUCACUAACAUUUACGUGACAAGUUUUGGCCCUGUCUCAGAUACAGAUAUGGAAUAUACAAUAGAUGUUUUCUUUCGGCAAAAAUGGAAAGACGAGCGUCUAAAAUUUAAAGGUCCUAUGAAUAUCCUUCGACUUAACAAUUUAAUGGCUAGCAAAAUCUGGACUCCUGAUACCUUCUUUCACAACGGGAAAAAAUCAGUGGCUCACAAUAUGACGAUGCCAAACAAGCUUCUCCGAAUCCAGGAUGAUGGGACGCUGCUGUACACCAUGAGACUUACAGUUCAAGCCGAAUGUCCAAUGCACUUGGAGGAUUUUCCAAUGGAUGCUCACUCGUGCCCACUGAAAUUUGGAAGCUAUGCUUACACAACCUCAGAAGUCACUUAUAUUUGGACUUACAAUGCUUCUGACUCCGUUCAGGUUGCCCCUGAUGGCUCUAGGUUAAAUCAGUAUGAUUUGCUGGGCCAGUCAAUUGGGAAGGAGACGAUUAAAUCCAGCACAGGUGAAUAUACUGUAAUGACAGCUCAUUUCCACUUGAAAAGAAAAAUUGGGUAUUUUGUGAUUCAGACCUAUCUGCCUUGCAUCAUGACUGUCAUUCUCUCUCAAGUGUCAUUCUGGCUGAACAGAGAAUCAGUACCAGCAAGAACUGUGUUUGGAGUAACAACUGUUUUAACAAUGACAACGUUAAGCAUCAGUGCUCGGAAUUCCCUCCCCAAAGUGGCUUAUGCCACUGCCAUGGACUGGUUUAUUGCUGUUUGUUAUGCAUUUGUCUUCUCUGCCCUAAUUGAAUUUGCAACCGUUAAUUACUUCACGAAAAGAGGAUGGGCUUGGGAUGGGAAGAGUGUAGUUAAUGACAAGAAAAAGGAGAAAGGCUCCGUCAUGAUACAGAACAACGCCUAUGCGGUAGCUGUUGCCAACUAUGCCCCGAACCUUUCCAAAGAUCCUGUCCUCUCUACCAUUUCCAAAAGUGCAACGACACCAGAGCCCAACAAGAAGCCAGAGAACAAGCCAGCUGAAGCCAAGAAAACCUUCAACAGUGUCAGCAAAAUUGACAGAAUGUCAAGAAUAGUAUUCCCAGUUCUGUUUGGUACUUUUAACUUAGUUUAUUGGGCAACCUAUUUAAACCGGGAGCCUGUAUUAGGGGUCAGUCCAUGAGUCUAGACAUUGGUUACUUUCAGGCUGUAUAGUAAUGUUACACUUGGUUUUUGGUUUUUUUAGUUUUGUUUUUGCUUUGUACAGUCUGACUAAUAACUGCUAAUUUAUGACCCAAUAUGUAUAGUAUGUAUAUAAUGGUAGCGCUUACCAGUAGACUUCUAAAGGAGACCUGCGUUUGCUAACUCAUGGAAAUACAGGCAGAAAACUUCCCGUGCCAAAAGAGCCAUUGCCUUUUUACCACAUUUACCUAGGACCUAGUUUAAAGUGGAUUUCAAAUCCCAUAAUUUAUUUAUUAAUAUUCUAAUUAUGAUGAAAGUUGGGCUCCUAUGUCACACUUUGGGAUACCUUUGAUUUAGAUAUUACAUCGAAAAAAUAUUUCUACUGUUGCCUAAGGAUGAUCAAAUAUUGCCACUCAAAUAUACGAAACAGCUAAACCUCUGGCCUGGUUGCUUCGGGAGUGUUCAGAAUCCCUGCUAGUGUAAUUGGAAGCUUGACACACACAUAAGGAGAAAGCUGGAGAUGUGAAAACAGCAUUUAAUUACUAUGUAGCACAUCUUUAGCCAUGUACCUAUUACAAGCAUGACAAGCUCAAAUAACUAUAAGUCACCAUGACGGAUGUUAAUUAUGCUUAAAUUUAAUAACUAUUGGAAUGUCACAGUCAUUAUAUUUUUAGCUUCAGAGUUCAUUUGAACAUAGUAACUAAAAUUUUCAGCUCACUUCAAUCACUGGAAACUAUUUAACAUUUAAAAAAAAUACCUAAGAAGAAGAUAUAUGGACUUAGUUUUUCCAGGUAUGUGUUGUCAGUUGAAUUUUUCUGGUGCUGGAGAACGGAAGAAAGCGGCCGUCUUGGCUGCAAUGGAGCAAAGUUCACUCAUAUCAGAUUAGAAAGCUGUGCCAAAAACUCCAAGCAAUGAGAAUUCAUAGGUGUCCCAGGUGCAGUUGAGCACUUAUAUGAUUCUCUUCUUUCCUGUUUACUGCAAAUUCUGCCUUAAGGCUUCUUCUCAUCAGGGCUCAGAAGCCGCUAAUUUUAAAGGAAAGGGCAGUUAAUUGGCACAUUUUUCUGUCUGGAAAGCAGCUUUUUUUCAGACAAGAAUUAAUGUAAAUCCGCUUUUGUAAAUCACAACUUUCAAUUUCAUUGACUCCAAUUUACAGCAGCUUUGUAUACCAGAAGAGGUUUUGGUAAGAGUUGAACAUUUUUAAACAAUGAAUUUAAGACAUCAUCAACAGAUUAUGGAUUAUGUCACACACACACACACACACACAUACACGCACGCACAAACACACACACCCCACGUAGCUAAAUUAGAAAACAUGAUUUUCAAUUUUAUAAAAUUACUGAUUAUUAAUGGGUAAAAUUCAUUUUUCUUUUAAUAUAUUAAAUACUAUUUACACCCCUGAAAUAUGCCCUUGAAAGAGGCUAAAGUUAAGUGUGUUUCUGUCAAAACUAAAUUUCCCUAUGACAGAUGUGUACAUUAGCAGUUAUUAGUUGACUUUUAAAGUUAAACACACCUUCACGAUGAUGUUUUUGUAGAAAUUAAGUAGUCAAAUUGUGGCAUUUCUUGCAAUUUUGUACAGUAUUUGAGUAUAGUGCAAACCAGGUCUGUUCACAAAAUCAAUAAAAGAGGCAUCUUCUGGGAAUAAGCAAACUCUCAACAACAACAACAACAAAAACCCGCUGUUCUUUGCCUCAUUCGAUUUCUACGUUUUCUGUUCUAGUGUGAUUUUUACUAUGUGCUUUGCAUGACUGUAUCCAUACAAGGGUCACAGCCUCACCUUACUAACAGAAUUCACUAUGAAGACAGCCUUGACCUUAAAACCUUCCUCACAAAAAUAAAAAGUAAUCCAUCAACCCUAAUAAAAAUAUUACAUGAGCCAAUAAAUGCAUUUUGUUAAUUCCC